AUGGAUGUGGCUGUUUCCAGCGGGGACAGCAGUGUUGCCGUGCAAAUGUUCAAGGAACAAAAGGGAUAUUGCACUGAGCGUGUCUGUCUCCUAGUUAUGACUGUGUCAUACAAUCAUCGCCGAUCUGCACGUCGUAUUGAGGAAGCAAAACGAAAAGCAAGGCCAGAGUUGAAUAACUAUGGGUGGGACACUCUUGGCCUUGCUCAGAAAUUUGCGCUUCCUGAUUUUAAGGACAAUAUUUUGAGGGUGGAUGCCACGAAGUUGUCGCUCAAUGAGUUUCGCGAGAAAUACGAAAUCCCUCGCAUUCCUGUAAUACUGACCGGUCUUACCGAUAAAUGGCAGGCUCAUGAAAAAUGGACGGUUUCGAGGAUUGCUAAAAAAUACCGUAACCAGCGGUUCAAGUGCGGUGAGGAUGACGACGGUUAUUCCGUGAAACUGAAAAUGAAAUACUAUGCAGACUACAUGGUGAACAAUGUGGACGAUAGCCCUCUAUACAUAUUUGACAGCGGAUUCGGCGAUCGUCACAAAACGAAGAAACUUCUUGAAGAUUUCGUCAUUCCGCCAUUCUUCAAAGAUGACCUGUUUAGUUAUGCUGAUCACAAGAAGCGACCUCCCCAUAGGUACGAAUUUCAUGUAAUCUACCGCAUAUGUCUAGCAGUGUUUUGUAGAUGGUUUGUGAUGGGCCCAGUUCGAUCUGGUACAUCCAUUCACAUUGAUCCCCUCGGGACUAGCGCUUGGAACGCUUUGAUCAAGGGACAUAAGAGGUGGGUGCUUAUCCCGCCGGACGCGCCUCGAACACUAGUUAAGCCGUACCAGUCAGAGAAAGGUAAACAUCCGGAUGAGGCGACAACCUGGUUCAUGACGGUUUACAAUCGUGUUCGUGCAUCAACGUGGCCUAAAGAAUAUCCUGUAAUUGAGGCGCGUCAAGGUCCGGGCGAAACGAUGUUUGUGCCGUCAGGUUGGUGGCACGUCGUGAUUAACGAGGAUAACACCAUUGCAAUUACCCAGAAUUUCUGUUCCAUAGCGAAUUUACCGCAAGUCUGGCCAAAAACAGUAAAGGGCAGACCGAAACUCAGUAAACACUGGUUUAAGAGGCUUAACCAAGAACGACCUGAGUUGAUCCCCAUUAUGGAGCAGUCAAUGCAUGGACCAGCAGAAGAUGACUCGAGUAGCGACUCGUCGUCGAGCAGUUCAAGCAGUGACGAUGACACAAGUUCAGAUGAUAACAUGGCAAGCACAAAUGAAUGCUCAGAAAGACCGAGAAAGAGGCGCUACAGCGAAGUGGUAGGUCACGCGGGUGAAGGCGACUUGUGUGCUAGCAAAAUGCGAAGUAGCCCAAGGAGACACUAA